AUGUAUCAAAAACCCAAGAUUAUCGGUACUCACAAUGGCACCUUUCACUGCGACGAAGCCCUAGCAGUCUUCCUUCUUCGCCAGACUACUGCAUAUCAAGAUGCUGGUCUGAAACGCAGCAGAGAUCCUGCUGUUUUGGGUACUUGUGAUAUCGUCGUGGAUGUCGGUGCUGUCUAUGAUGAAGGAAAACAACUUUUCGAUCACCAUCAGCGAGGCUUUACAGAGGUGUUUGGACAUGGUUUCUCUACCAAGCUCUCGUCUGCCGGUCUCAUAUACAAGCACUUUGGGAAAGAGAUCAUCGCACACAAGGCUCAGUUGGCGCUCAAUGACGAGAAAGUAACCAUACUGUGGUUGAAAAUGUAUCGGGAAUUCAUCGAAGCCAUUGAUGCGAUCGAUAAUGGCAUCCCCCAAUAUCCAAACGAUAUUGCAGCGAAAUACAAAAGUCGAACCGACUUGUCCUCCCGGGUCGGUUGGCUGAACCCUGCGUGGAAUGAGUCAGUAGCUUCUGACAUUGUUGAUGCGCAAUUCUCGAAAGCAUCUCAGCUUACCGGAGAAGAGUUCAUGGGUAGACUGGGUUAUUAUGCCGAUGCGUGGCUGCCUGCACGAUCUUUGGUAGUUGCUGCUUUAUCGCAGCGAAAGGAUGUUGAUAAUAGUGCCAAGAUUUUGCUUUUCGAGCAAUUUGCUCCUUGGAAGGAACAUCUUUUCGAGCUUGAAAGCGAAGAAGGCAUUGCUGAGGAAUCGCAGCCCGUGUAUGUCAUCUACCCAGACGAGACCGCAGGCAAUUGGCGCAUACAAGCGGUCCCUGUGUCUCCAGAGUCCUUCGAAAGCCGAAAGGCUCUACCGGAAGCGUGGCGAGGCUUUCGAGACGAUGAACUCUCCCGAAUCAGUGGAGUUCCGGGUGGCAUUUUCGUACAUGCAUCUGGAUUCAUAGGAGGUAAUCACACCAAGGAAGGUGCCUUCACAAUGGCCAAGCUUGCUUUGCGCAUCGUGUGA